CCCACUCCGAUGCCGGGGGCGGUGCCAGCCGCUCUCCCCGCCCCUCGUUCCCGUCUCUUUGUGCCGCCCCGGCCUCGGCUCGCUUCCUCCCGCAGCGCCCCCCGCCGGGGAUGGCGGCGCCGGCAGCGCCCGGGCGCGCCUGACCCGCAGCAGGAGAGGAGAGAUGCGCCGCUUUCAGCCCGGUGCCGCGCUGCUGCUCUCGCUGCUCUGGGAGUAUACAGAGGCUAAAAAGCAUUGCUGGUACUUUGAAGGAUUAUAUCCUACAUAUUAUAUAUGUCGCUCCUAUGAGGAUUGCUGUGGUUCAAGAUGUUGUGUAAGAGCACUCUCUAUCCAGCGACUAUGGUAUUUUUGGUUCCUUUUGAUGAUGGGAGUUUUGUUCUGUUGUGGAGCUGGUUUCUUUAUCCGAAGGCGGAUGUACCCACCUCCACUUGUAGAAGAACCUACUUUUAACGUGUCUUACACCAGACAACCAGUCAACACUGCAUCAGGGUCACAACAACCUGGAGUGCCAUAUUACACAGAUCCAGGUGGACCUGUGAUGAAUCCCAUGGCUAUGGCUUUCCAUGUCCAGCCCAAUUCCCCACAAGGAAACCCGGUUUACCCACCCCCGCCUUCCUACUGCAACACACCACCUCCCCCUUACGAGCAGGUGGUGAAAUCCUCCACAUGAGGACUCUGUGGCUCUCUGACCUGACUGUGUGAGAAGAAGGUGCCAUUGCAAAAUGACCAAGAUGGAGGGCAUCCACCCUUUUGAACACUUACUAGUUCUCCAAGUCCUCUCUCCCUCCCUUCCCUGCACCUUUCCUCAUUAAAGUUACUUGCAAAGGGGUGAUUUUUAAAUUUUUUUUUUUUUUGUAGAAGUGGAUUUUUUCUUUGUCUUCAAAAUAAGAGAAGUUGUCUUUGUAAUGCUUUUAAUGGAAACCUAUAUUUAAAACCUGUAUGUCUUUCUCUUUAUUUAUUGUUUGUUUCAAUCAUGGGUUCAAGUGCAUUGUGGCAGGCUACUCAUAACAGUUAUCCAACCCCAGAGUGAUGUGUACUCUCCUAAGACCCCAUAACAGAAAUGCCCUCAUCUAAGAGAAAUGACAAAGAAAGAAAGUUAAAGGCAGGGCAGUGCUUUUACCAGGAAUGGUGACCACCAUCUUUUUCUUUUAUGGUUUUCUUGUACAACUUGAUUCUGAUGUGCAACAGGCAAAUGCUGUGAUAGAAGUUGCUGCGACUAGAGCAUCAGUGUUGGUCAAGUGACGGCAGGGGCUUCGCCUAGUGCCCUAGAGAAGAGGGAGUCAUUACUCUAAAUGAUGCAUCUAAAAGGUGAAGGACCAGAACUUGAGUGUUUCUUGGCCAGCACCUGGACUCUGCCUGUGUUAUUGGCAUCCUGGCUCCCCUUGUUUUGCCAGUAGUGAGGUUGUAUGAAACAGACAAUGACCUAAAUGUUGUUAGUGAGAUGGAGGUGUUAGUUCAAGAGCUGCUUGUGCCUCUUAACAGAACAGUUAGAAAAUGAGAAUAUGAGGGUAAGUGCUCUUCCCUAAUAUGGAAAAUAAUUACAGUAAGAAGGAAUGGGAGCACACUUCCAGUUCUGCUUCCUUUUACAUUGAUGGGAGUUUUGUCCCUAAAAAAGAGUAGCUUUCAUUAUGGUGUUACUGCUGCCACAAAGAGUACCAGGUAGGGCUGUCAUCUUCAGGUGACAGUUCUGUAAACUCGCUCUCCUCUCUAGGUCAGGCAGAGCAUUUCCUCAGUGUGAUAGGCAGAUUGUUUGGUUUUCAAUGACUCUUAGCUCUUAAUGCAUUUUGCUGCGUGUGCCCCCAGCAUUACCAAUUCACUGUCUCGUUACUGUGGCUGACUCUCUUGAGUGACCACAAGUCAACACCUUCAAAUAAACAGUCCUUUUUAUCUGUGGAGGCUUUCACACCCAUCUAUGUCUAGCAGAGCCAUGAAGCUACUCUCAGACAUGACUAGAUGCUAACAGAACCUUCUCCCUUCAUGCAUAUUCAGAGCCAUGUCAGUGAUGAGUGAUGAAAAGAAGAUGCGAUUGCCUUCUACUGUUGAAGGGCGUGCAGAAACAGCAUAGCUGAGGGUUGGGAGUCCAGUAUGGUCCUUUGGGCACUGGGUGAAUGCUUACUCAGUGUCAAUACCCUGACUGCUCCUGUGUCACUCCAGCCAGGGCACAGAUGUCACGAAGGUGGUUUAGAGUGACCUGAAGACUUGUUGCACAGGGAGCCAAAGCUUUAUUGUGUGAUUAAUGUGUGCCUGUGGCUUGUAAGAACUUGUUCCUAGGUGACAAGCUGGAUUUGUAGAAAUGGCAGAAGAGAGCAUCCCUUUUACUAUGAACAUAAGUCUAACAGAAAUACCACUAAGGGUCACUGUUUCUAAAAGCUGCUGGUGGAGUUAGUCGUCAUCUGGAGCAGAGGUAGCUUUCAAGGAGCUCAUCACUCAGGUGAAAUUGGAACUAGGGCUUUCCCUUACUGUGCAUUGUAAUAAGGGACAAAGCGAAGUACUUCUGUGUGUGCAGUAUAAGCUCGGCAGAUGCUUAAAGUAACGAGAAGUACACUUUAUGUAUGAUUAGUGGUCCAUUUGCACUCCACAACUGUAUAUAUUUUCUAAAUUAGUGUGUGCUUGAAGUUUAAAGCUGUGUGUGUGUUACUGAAUAUGGUUGUGUAUACAGGACAUUUUUUUUUUUUAAAGCAAGUCCAACCUUUUAUUGUCAGUAGAAAUGACAACAGACCUCAUGUUAGUAAACAUUGUUAAGUCCUUUUAUAUUGUAAAAUGUAUCUAUGAGAGAUGGCAUUUUCCUGGGCACAUUGAAUAGAAGCCUUUUAUAGUGACUUCUUAUGCUGUACAUUGAAAUUCAACUUUUGGUGAAGUUUUCCUGAAGUCUGGCUGGUUUAUUUGCUAGUGUUGAUGGAUGACGCUACCUCUUACAACACAUGCACUCCUCUGCUAGCAAGCUUGCUUGGUCUUCUCUUGAAAAUAAGAGUACCUGUUUGGGCAUUCGUAUGUAUUACUUGCAAGCUGUUUACAUUCUUUCCUCUCACUGCCUCACUUCUGGAAGUUUUUAGGUUUUCUUUAUUCCUCCCACACACCCCCCUCCCAAUUUUAGUUUUAAAAGAAAGAAGUGGGGUGAAAGAAGGGAAAAGCUCUAUAACAUUUGCUGCAGUGGUAGAAUCACACUGAAGCUGGAGUGUACAUUGCACAUUUUGAAAAGUGGGUUGAAGGAUGGAUGGAGCAGAAAUAGGUCUUUUUAUAGUCUUGGAGGUUUCUAUUGCUCUUAAAACUUGUGCAGGCUUUCUUUUGAAAUACAUUGUAUUAAAGUGAGAUUGGCUGUGGCUGUUCCUCUAGCCCUCUUCGUUGCUCUGUAGGGAGCUGUAUGUUUGAAGUUCUUUACAUUACCAAGCGGAGUUAAGAGUGUGACCUCUUGUGUGAAGAGGAGGAGAGAAGGCAGGGCUAACGCCGCUGAGAGAUUUGUACUCGACAGCAUGUUAGCAAGCUUAGUGUGAAACACAGUCUACAGGCACACCACAGGAGAGGACAGGGUUACUUCUCACCAGCAGGCAGUGAUGACAGGUCAGGUGUGCAGUCCCACUGGUGAAGGAAAACAUCUUCCAACUGGAUUUUACAUGGCAGUAGUGAUGCCCUAGGAGCUGCCAGCUGCUGCAGCUUCACUAAUGUGGACUUCCUUGUGGGGUAUUGAUGCUUUAUCUGUUGGGAUUCUCAUGUCUGAUUCUCUGGAGGCUGCUACUGUGUCUUCUAACACAACAGACAUUGUGGUGUCUCACUGACAAGGCAGAGUGAUGUUGUGGCUGCAAAAUAAGAGUGCUGCUGGUGGCUGCGAGCCCUGGAGAUGUGUGGGACACCAGACCGGGGUAUGCAGCUGACUCCCCGCCUGCCUUUGAGGUCUCACCAUCUGUAUCAGGAAGUUGAUGUAAUGUGUUGUGGGGAUCAGCCUUCUGAUUCUUCCACAAGUGUUUUAUGUAGUGCAGGGAGGUUGAACAGGGCUUGGGCAGAAUGGAGAUGCUUGAGCUGAGCCACUGAGCCUAGAUGGGGGAGCCAGGAACAUAAACAAUAUCCCCUUCAUCUCUCUUCAUCUGUGCAUCCUCAAAAUGUGUCUGAUGUACCUGUGAGGAGGCAGUGAUUGGAAGGAACGCAUCUAAAUGGGUAAGGAAACCUUUGAAGUCUCUGCUGCUGUGACCCUGGCAGAAAUGGAAAUGAGAAGGGGUGGGGCAUGUCAGUCCGUUUCUGCUACCAUGAAAUUUCCAACUAUGCUGCUUUGAAAGAAAAGGCACUACCAGGAGCUCUUGGUGUGCCUUGCCUGUAGCUCUGGUGUGGCCAGUUCUUCGUAUGUCCAAGGCACGUGCAACAAGCUCAGGCUGUGCUGUAGGAUGGGCAGGGAACUUGCCCAUUCUGUGGCUGGGCAGUUGGUUCUCAGCCAGAGGCUUUUGCUGUCAGUCCUGUCUCAAUGAACAGCAAAGGUUGUAGAUGACUGGUUUUGCUCUGCGCUCGUUCUUCCUUGGUGAUCUUGCAGGGAGGGAAUGAGCAGAGGUCUUUAUAGACUCCUAAGGACCCUGUAAUCCUUGUGUGCAGCUUAUCCCUCUACGUACACUGUCAUCAAACUUGUCUCUGAAGGGCUGUUAAAGGUGGUAUUCCUGAGACUCUGUAACUCUCAACAGGGAGUUGGGCAUCUCCUUAUGCAGGAAACCUCUGGACUUCAGUUGUUUUCAGGCCCACAGACCUGGUCAAAUUUCUGAGUAUGUUCUAGGUAGUGAGACCACAAAGCUCCAUUUUCUUCCCUUCCUAUGAACUGGCAGGUGGUUCUCACCUACAGGUAGCCAUGUGUGACCAAGGCACUGUCCACCCUGCCUCCACGUGCUGCUCUAUCUCCAUUCCUCCAGCCGUGUGUCUCCCAGGCCACAGUGGUGCAGGAUGUGGAUUCUGCUCUCCAGGUGAAGUGAAUAGCUAAUUUCUUGGAUGUUUUUCAGGUCAUUAAUUAGACCAGUCUGGCUACAGAUACCAGAACAUCUUGAGAUUUGUUUUGGAUUAUGCUCAAUUGAUUGGCUGUCUGAUGAGCACUAAGGGUAAAUGCUUGGGACAGAUGUAUCCCAACUCCUCCACAUCCUAGAAAUGCACCUUCUUGGCAGAACUGACCAUAAAUCUUCGUUUAGGAGGCAAGCUGAGGAUGAGGAGGAUGGGCAGGCACCACCUGCCUCCCCUUGCCUCUACAUGUGAACCACCCUCUGCAGCCCGCUGCAGCCACAAACCCCGAACAGCAGGGGAUAGAUGCAGGCAGUGCCAGGCAGCUGGUCAUGAGCUGCUUGUCAAAUGCAUUGCAGACUGGGAGGUGCAUAAAUGGAUGUGUUUUGGCAGAAAAUCAAUGCCAACCCCUGAACGGCCAUCCUCGACUCCUGCAGCCCUGCCUUGCAUGGCAGCGGUGGAGGGCUGGCAAGGCAGCUGGUGCAGAAAGUGCUGGUGGUCUGGGGUAAGUGCUGCUUGGUGGAGAUUUUUGGCUGGGGGGUAGGAUGUGGGUGACCUGGUGGGUGGCAGAUGGUCAAGUGUGACCCAACACCAACACAGGGACAGAAAUGGUCUGACUUCCAUCAGUAAAAGCGUGAAGUGGCACAGCCUGAAAACUUGCUGGUUGGUAUCCUGCACGAUGCUCUGUCUGUGGGCAGUUCCAGGGGGUUAUGCAGACAUUAGUUAUCGGCCUGGAGUUGUUGGUGGGUUGCUGUGGUUUGAGUGGGGAGGACAGAAAGAAUGUGCUUGUAAUGCCAUCUUGUAAUGAGCUACUGUCAAGGAAUAAGCAGGAGUGCAGAGUGACUCCAUGAUCAUGGGACUGGUUUUGCAGAUGCUCCAUGUCCUGCCUAUCCCAGCAAGACUUGGGAAUUGCUUUCCUUCACCUUUUGGUUCCUGCCACUCUUUUGUAUGCUCUUCACAACUACUUUCAGCUGUGCAGCAGCAGAGUGAUCUGUCAUUCAAGAUGAUCUCCCCUCAGAAGAAAAGCAGCAGUGGGGAUUACUUUCGACCUUCAGCUGGGCUGUAAAGACUCUUUGAGCAGUCAGGCUAAAGCUCACCCUUCAGCCACUGGUGACACAGUUCUAUCUUCCUCAAGCUCAGACUGAAGGACUAUGAGAGCGGGAUGUGCCUCAGCAGUCAGAUCAGUAGGACAGCUAUCACCACACUGCUGGAGAGAAGGAUUUCAACAUGGAGGAAAAAAACAAGAAUUGCACGAAUUACCACCACAUAGCUUGAUCUUUACUAAUAAAGCCAAAGAACAGAACAUCAGCAUUUUUUUCCUCUUUUUCUGCCCAAAAAGCAUCUGCAUCUCCAUUUUUAACACUACUGCUUUUUGCAACAGAUGGACUAUUACACACGGACAAAGCAAACCAGGGAAUAUUAAGACAUUUUCCACAUUUUCAGUUUGAUGUGAUUUCUGAAAACAAUGUCUUGGUGAACUGCAUUGUUUUACCUUCACACAAUAUCCCUUCUUAUCAGCCAACUAAUUGUCACAAUGCUGUGACAAAGAGAGAAAGGAGAAGCCACAGGGAAAGUCACGUUAGAAGAGGCAGACGCACUGUCAGAUGCUUCUUGAUUCAAUACAUUAAGUUUCCAGGCUUGCUGAAUUCCAAGAGGAUUCUCCAGAGAGACAGUGCAGCAGAAGGCUGGCUGUGGUACAGAAAGAGCUGGUAGCGACCUGUUCAUUGUUUUGACGGGUGCACUCAAGCAUCUUGGAGAUCUGCUCAGUAUUAAGCUGGUUUAAGCGUGUAUAUACCUCUAAAUUUUUUAAACCAGCAAGUUUUAAUUCCCCUUGGGCUCCAGCAAGCCAAAAGCACCUCCCACAGGUGUCAUUCCAAGCUCAGCAACUAAGGCGGCCUACAUGUAUAUAAUCACUGAAUGGAAAAACCUGCCCAUUGACUGCCUAGUUAGGUGGUCAGUACAACACAUACUGGGGAUUUGCUGGGAAGGCUGGUGGCUUCUGUUUUGUGCUUGCAGGCACUUGGUUCCUGCAGACCUGGCAAGGCCCUUCCCUGUUAACUCACCCCACCUGCUCUGCAGUCACAGGAGAAGGGAAGUUGAAAAAGGAGUGGGGGGUGAUGUGAAACAGUAUCAGAGCUGCCUCUUUUGUUAAAAUUUCUGUGAGAUUUCACCCUGGGCAAAUUUCUUCAUUGGCUUAACUAUGGGCUGGAUCAGUGAUCCACAAGCUGAAGAAAGA